AUGGUCGACUUCGAAAAAAUCUUAAUUUCGAUUUUAUCAACAGAAAAAGCGACAAGGCAGCAUGGUGAAGCCAAUCUUGAAGCCCUCUUAAAAUCAAGCCCAGAACAAGCCUGCUAUGGCUUGAUUUCAGCAAUUUCUACUUCGAAUCCUGAAAUAGCUGGACUAGCCGCCAUCCUUUUCAGGAAAAAACUCCUAGAUGAAGAAUAUAUAAAAACAAUUCCUGAGUCAAGCUGCAUUAAUGUGAAAUCUUCAUUAAUUGGCCUUGUUAUGCCAGAAAAGCCUUUAUCAUUAUUAAAACUCAUUGCAGAUGACUUAGUAGGUCUUGCAGUCAUCAAUAACUGGGCGCAUGAGCUUAUGUCAUUUAUGGGACAAUGGAGCUCAUCUGAAAACUCAACAAUUAAGCAAUUUUCAAUGUAUUUAUUUGAGCUUGCCACAGAACACAGUGGGAUGAUGGUCGUUAUGAGCCAAAAUGCCGAUUCUGUAAUGACCAUUAUGUGGAACGCCUUACAAUGCCCAGAAAAUAACGUCAGAUUGUCAGCUUGUAAAACUAUUAUGACGUUUAUGAUAGGACUGAGUGAUGAAAUUAUUAUAAAUAAAUAUGUACAAGCAUUAGACUAUAUUCUUGAUUUGACAGCGCAGGUCCUUAAAGAAGGAAACUACGUCCCAGACCAUCUGUGCCAAGUGCUAUUUACAUUAGCUGAGCUAACUGAAGCGUAUCCGAGGCUGUGGAAAGAAAAAAUAGAAAAAUUAGCCUCAAAUAUGUCAGGGAUUGCGAGAAAUUAUCAAUUGGCUACUGAGCUGAGGGCAGCUGCUAUAGAAGUGAUUAUUACUUUAAUUAAAAAAAUCCCUGGGAGACUCAAAAAAAAUGUAUAUUUUAUUCAAGAAAUUUUGGCUUUAGGGUUCAGCUUGACUACUGAGGUAGAUUUUCCUUAUGAUCUAGACGGCUGGAACCAAGAAGGGCCUGAAUUAGUGGUAAUACAGAAUGAUCCAUAUAGCUUAGGAAAAGAUUUGCUACUGAGGAUGGCGAAUUUUUUGCAAGAGGCUAUAUUUCCUUAUGCGAUGCAGCUGAUCCCUGCACACCUACAAGCUCCACAUUGAGCAAAUCAGCAUACAGGGAUAUUGGCGAUUGGUAUAAUUUCUGAAGGGUGUAAGCCUAAUAUCAGGCAAAUUCUUCCUCAUAUUAUAUAUUUUUUGUAUUAUAUAACUCUUUAUUAUUUAUUUUUUAAAAAAUAGUCCUAGUAAGUUUAUUAAGUAUAUCUACCUUAACCCCAUUUGCAAAUUCAGACUCUCCAAGGCUGAAAUGGGCAGUUAUGACUACAAUUGGCCUCUUAUGCUCAGAAUUCCACCCAGAACUGCAAAAUGCAUAUCAUUUUGAAAUCCUCUCUGCCAUUCUCUCAUGCUUGUCCAGCAAUAACCUCGCCAAAGUCCAAGCCCAAGCCUCAGCAAGCAUGGUAAACUACUCCAAAGGUCUCCUCUACAAAAACAGCAGCAAAGAUCUUGCCUUAUUCCCUUAUCUCAGCACCUUAAUCCAGCACUUUUUAUCAAUCCUAACCUCCCCAUCUAGUCCUUUAUUUUUGCUUCAGGAAGCCCUUAACGCAAUUGCUAUGAUUGCCUGUGCUUCUGAGUCAAAUUUUGCCCCAUAUUACCAUCAACUUGUAUAUGGGCUGAGAAAAUUAAUAAAUUCUAAUGGAAAUUCGCCAGCCGAAAAAGAAGUGAGGGCAACUUGUAUAAAAUGCCUUGGGUGUAUUAUAGAAAGUGUAGGAGAAGCUGGUGAUGCAUUUAAAGACGAUGCAGUAUCAUUAUUAGACGAUUUAAUGAGGAUAAGGAGCACGCUUAACGACGCUGACCAAGUUUUCCAAGCAAUUAAUGAAGUUCUAUCAUAUUAAAUUAAAUUUAAAUAAAAAACAUUUUUCAGUAUAAAAUAACAAUUAUUUAUUAGUAAAUAAAUACUGGACUCAUGCUUUUAACCAGAAUAAUCAUAAUAUUUCGCAAGCUCAUUAAAAGAAAGGUUUGCCCCAUAUCUAGAAGUGUUAAUCCCACAGAUAUUCGCCCAUGCUGAGCAAGUAAUUGAUUUUAAAUUUGCAGACGCUGAAAGUGCUGAUGCUUUAUGCCUAGACCAAGGAAUGAGUGCCUUACAAUUCGAGCUGCGAGGUCUUGGAAAAAAGCAGCUUGCUAUCAGUACUACAUGUUUAGAAAACAAAAUUAAAGCCUGCAAAAUUUUAUAUGACUUAGUCUCCUCAUUAGGAGUUUCUUUUAGCCCUUAUGUUGACCAAGCUGCUCAGAUUCUAUCGAAACUUAUAACUUUUCCUUAUAACUCUGUGAUAAGGAAAUACUCAUUAAAAGCUGUACAAAAUUUACAAAGCUGCUGUGCCUCACAGACUCAGGCUGAGCUAUUUUUGAGGACAUUAGUUCCGAAUUUUAUUAUAGCAUUAGCAAAAUCUGGGGUGAGGAAUCCUGGAGCUUGUAAUAAGCAGCUGAGAGUGCUUUUGAGAUGCAUGAAAAAGGUGCAGAAUGUAGGGGUUAUUGGGAUAAGUUCAGCUCAAGAAUUAAGCAGGAAGCUUGCUAUGUGUCUGAAUGAGGUUUUAAAUAGAAAAAAUUGCAGAUCUCAUGAGCAAAUAAAUCUUGCUGAACAAGAUUUGUAUGAAGAGGAACUCGCUGAGUUUGAGGAGUCUGAAAGAAUAGAUGACGAAAUUCUGCAAAAAACGAUGGAAAUUGUUGGCAUUUUACUAUAAAUUUUUACUAUAGGCUUUAUUUUUUUAAAAAAAAGAUAAAAUAGCUAUAUUUAAUAUAAAUUCCUAUAAAGUCCUACAAAACUCAAUUCCAGCCCAUAUUUUUACAAGAAUUCAAAAGCAUUUUUGGUGAAUUUCUUUAUAAGCCAAACGCAACAGAAAACGAAACUCUAUUUUCACUCUGCAUGUUUUGUGAUUAUGUUGAGUUUACCCACGAUAUUUUUUUUAGCAAUACGUCUUCUCCUAUUGUUGAGCAAUUUAUCAAAAAUUGCUACCAUCAUAACCCUGAUAUCAGACAAAGUGCAGCAUAUGGACUUGGGCUUUCUGCUUAUUUUGGGGACCCAACUGCAUUCAGAAUUUACCUUCAAGAAUCAAUUAAAGCAAUCAAUUACAUGCUGAAUCUUCCUGAUUCAAGAAGUGAAAAGCUUUUGGUUUCUUCAGAAUGUGCUGCAGGCGCUUUACUCCACCAAUUAAUAAAUAGAAAUUCUUAAUUUUUGGUAAAAUUUGCAUCUCAAUUAGCAAGAAAAAAAAAUUUUUAAUAUUUAUAUCAUAGAUAAGAAUUUAUUUAUGCAAAUUUUUUAUAUUUUUUGCCAUCUAAAAUAUAAAUUUAUGGUUUCUUUUCAAUUUAUUAAAAAUUAAAGCAUAUGGAAAACCUGCCAAAGCAAAGGGGAUUUUAGGAAAAAUUGCAUUAUAUCAUGCUUCUGAACUAAUUCCAAACUGGCUGAAUUGGCUGCCUUUUAAAUCAGACCCUGAAGAGGCCCAAAUAGCACACACUUUGCUUUUUGAUAAUAUAAAUUUGCUCAAUAACUACAAUUCAAAGGUCGCACAAAUCUGCGCAGAAAUGAAAACACUACCUCUGAAUUAUUUACCAGAAAAAAGCUGUCAGUUGUUAGGUUAA